AUGUAGAAGCCUUUGUAACUUUUGAUCAAUUUAAUGCUUCCUUGCUGAAUUAAAAAAAAAAAAAUCACUCUAUAAGAUAAUUACUGGCAUCCAAAGUUUUAGCAUUUUAUCAGCUUUUUAUAUGUUAUGCAUUAUUUAAAUGUUAGAAUAUAACAUAGAAGAAAAUUCCAUAGUCUGGCUGUCUGUAGUCUCCUAUUGAUGACUAUUGAAAUGUUGUUUCCUCUUUUUCUCUCCUUUUCUGUAUUUUAUUUAGUCUUUUGCCUGCUCUUUUUUCUCUCAUCACACUCUCUAAUUCAUAUCAAAUGGAGUGGAGUAGGUCGACCUGUCAAACGAGCUCAACCCCCUGCAAUAAUUAGACCGAGUGUUGCUUGCCCAUGGCAGAACUUGCCGGAACCUGCUUGGAUGGUGGAAAACCGAGAGGGAAAUGAAUGUGCAGUGGUACAGAGGAAAUAGACCGGAUGAAGGAGCGUUUCAGAUAGGGAAACAUACUCGGCUCUGUUGAACUGUACAUUCACCUCUCUUCAACUCUAAAUGUUCCUCUGCUGUUAGAAUUGCCUGAAUGUUCUGAAUUCUCUGUUUGCAUCAGCGCUUUCCAAAGAAAGAAAGAAAGAAAGAAAAUAAUUCAUGCUGAGGUCUGGGUUAGAGUCUAAUUUCGGAUUAUAAUGAAGGUGUUUAACUCUCAAAUCGUGUCUUUUCAUAUGUGAAUCUUAAUUUAGCACCGCUUUCAUCUCAUACGCAGCAGGGAACAAACCAAACAAGGGAAGAAAAUGCAAUUUUCUAGUGAAGACUUUGACUCUUAACCCGCCUUUUCUACUAGAUGCAUUCUGUACUCUUUUUGUUUUUUUGAUGAGUUCAUCAGAAUUUGUCUUUAGAAACGUUUCACCCCAGAGGUGUUUCGGUUUGCCUUUCUCUAAGCUGUUGACUAGGGCAUGAUGAAACCUGUGACUGUGACACCCUAUCCAGAAGCCGUGACUUCAAGGACAUUUUUGCUGCCAGACAAAUUGGAGUAAAUGUCAGUGGAGAAACAGUAAUUGCUGCCUAAAGGUUAGGCUAAUUUCCACAUGUUCGGGCAUGUUUUAUUGUAUUUUCAGAGGAUUUUGGGCCACACCUAUGCAUUUAUUCUGUGUAAUGUGUCUGGGAUUAAGGCAAAAUCCGUGUUGUGUCGUAAAGGUUCGUUAUGUAAUGUUAUGGUUAAUUUCCUAAUUGUAGAACACCAAGACCGUGGGAAAAUCAACAAAGCAGCAUUCCAGUCCUGUAUUACACCUACAGGUGUAUUGAGCCUGCCGGACAGUCUGAACCUGCACCGUGACCAGCAGCGAGCAGGGAAAACUGGAGAGGGCCAUGCCUAUAGCCAGGCGGAACUCCGCACCAUUGAACAGUCCCUCCUGGCGACCCGCGUGGGGAGCAUCGCAGAGCUCAGUGACCUGGUGUCCCGUGCCAUGCAUCACCUUCAGCCUCUGCACAUCAAGAACCCCAGCAAUGGAACGCCUGUACACCAGAACCGCACCGGCACUGUGCACUGGGAACCGGAGGCCCUCUACACGCUCUGCUACUUCAUGCAUUGUCCUCAGAUGGAGUGGGAAAACCCUAAUGUUGAACCCUCAAAGAUCACCCUGCACACUGAGAGGCCGUUUCUGGUGUUGCCUCCGUUGAUGGAGUGGAUCCGGGUGGCUGUGGCGCACACAGAGCACCGCCGAAGCUUCUCUGUGGACAGCGACGAUGUUCGACAGGCGGCCCGACUGCUGUUACCUGGGGUGGACUGUGAGCCGCGGCAGCUGAAAGCAGACGACUGCUUCUGUGCCACACGGAAACUGGACGCUGCAUCCACAGAAGCGAAAUUCCUGCAGGACCUGGGGUUCCGGAUGCUCAACUGCGGACGAACUGACCUGGUCAAGCAAGCAGUCAACCUGCUCGGGCCAGAUGGCAUUAACAGUAUGAGUGAACAGGGCAUGACCCCUCUCAUGUACGCGUGCGUCCGUGGGGACGAGGCCAUGGUGCAAAUGCUGCUGGACGCUGGAGCAGAUAUCAACAGUGAGGUGCCCAGCUCACUACACAAGCACCCCUCAGUUUAUCCUGACACCAGGCAGGGGACUCCACUCACAUUCGCCGUGUUACACGGACACGUCCCUGUCGUGCAGCUUCUGCUGGAUGCCCGAGCAAAUGUGGAGGGAGCGAUUCAAGAUGGCGCAGAGAACUACACAGAGACGCCUCUACAGUUGGCAUCUGCGGCAGGCAACUUUGAGCUGGUCAGUCUGCUUUUGGAAAGAGGAGCAGACCCUUUGAUUGGCACCACCUACCGUAAUGGCAUUUCCUCUGGUCCGCUGGGUGAAAUGAACUCGUACAGCCUGGCAGCAUCACAUGGACACAGGAACGUGUUCCGGAAGCUUCUGUCCCAGGUGGAAAAGGACAAGGGGGACGUGCUGUCUCUGGAGGAGAUCCUAGCCGAGGGCUCCGAGACCGUAGAGAGGAGAGCGCCACAGAACGAAGCUACCCUCCGGACAGGCAAGGCCAAACUAAGGGCCCUCCGCGAGGCCAUGUACCACAGUGCCGAGCACGGCCAUGUGGACAUUACCAUAGACAUCCGCAGCCUGGGUGUGCCCUGGACCCUGCACACGUGGCUGGAGUCCCUCCGAACGUGCUUUGUGCAGCAGCGGCGGCCGCUGAUCCAAGGCCUGCUGAAGGACUUCAGCUGCAUUAAAGAAGACGAGUACACGGAGGAACUCAUCACGCACGGACUGCCACUCAUGUUUCAGAUCCUUCGAGCCAGCAAGAACGAAGUGAUCAGCCAGCAGCUGUCAGUCAUCUUUACCCAAUGCUACGGGCCUUUCCCAAUCCCCAAACUCACCGAGAUCAAAAAGAAGCAAACGUCUCGUUUGGAUCCACACUUUCUCAAUAAUAAAGAGAUGUCUGACGUGACGUUUCUGGUGGACGGAAAGCCCUUUUAUGCCCAUAAAGUGCUGCUCUUCACUGCCUCACCAAGGUUUAAGUCUCUGCUCUCUAACAGACCAGCGGCUGAGAACACGUGCAUCGAGAUCAGUCAUGUCAAGUACAACAUUUUUCAGCUGGUAAUGCAGUACCUCUACUGUGGCGGCACUGAGUCACUGCACAUCAGGAACACUGAAGUGAUGGAGCUCCUGUCUGCAGCCAAGUUCUUCCAACUUGAAGCUCUCCAAAGACACUGUGAAAUCAUCUGCUCCAAGAACAUCACAACUGACACCUGUGUGGACAUUUACAAACAUGCCAAGUUCCUGGGGGCUCUGGAGUUGGCAGCCUUCAUCGAGGGCUACUUCCUGAAGAACAUGGUGCUCCUGAUCGAGCUGGAGAACUUUAAGCAGCUACUGUAUGAGGUUCCCGCGGAGAGCCCCGGUCCAGGCCCGUCCUACGACGUCCUCCACGACCUCGAGAGAACCCUGGCCCUGCGGAUCCGCUCCAUCCAUCUCUCCACUUCCAAGGGCUCCAUCGUCUGACGCUUUCGCCAAACUCACACCAACCGCUCCAUGCUGGCUUUCAUCGAGAGCUCCAUUAUUGUGUGCCAACCGGUUGGAGACAUUUCAAACAUCACCGCCGUCAUGACCAGCACCUCUCCGACGGGAUGUACUGUAGAUUGCAUUUCACUCCACAGGCUAACAUCUCCACAGCGUUGCAGAAACGUCAGCCUGCUGAACUCAUACCAUUCCAAGGGCUACGUUUACGUUGUGGAAAUAUUGUUUUGACAACAUUGUGACGCCCAACCAAUGUUAGUGCCCAGGGAAACCGUGGCUCCUGAUGUCAUUACUGCCUCGGCAAUGCAUGCAGAUGGACCGGGUUCAUUUUUAGGGGAACGAUUGUCAUGCUACCUGCCGAGGACAGUUUUAGUAACACACACAAGUAUAUAUAACUCUCCAAUUGACGUAAUAUUGUUAGCCUGCCUUCUGAACCUUAAAUCUGUGUAACAUUCCCUCCAAGUGACACUUAACGCUAAACAAACAAUGCAUGUUAAGUUAGGUGAUGCUGCCAUCAAGUUUCCCCAGCCAUUUGUGUUCGAGUUGGACAACAACAUCCAUUAGGUGUAGAGUUUUACAAAGGAGGUGUUUUGUAUACUUAAUACUCACAUCCAACUACAACUUUUGGUAUUUGUGUCACUGAACAAUUAUAUGCCGGCUGUUGAAAUCCUAGCACUUGUGUUUAAUGCUUUGCGGUUUUAAGGAAUAGAGAUUUGCUACCUUCAGUCAUUUGUAGACUGAUCCAACACAAAUUAUCCAAUCAAUGGUAGACUAAACAUGUUGCUUUUAGUUUAUACGUCUCCCCGAAAGUUCAUUGUGUCCACCAGUGCAUUAGUUCUGAGCUAUUUGAUUUAAAACCCCUCUAAUCUACCACUGUCCUUAGUACACUUCAAACUGAGCAGUUCAUCCUUGCCUUGAGGUCGCUUAACCAACGAUCUGUGUCAAAUAACCUGCAUGGAUCCUGUCUGGAACUUCUGUAAAAUACAAAAAAGCUCAUUUUCCUUUUUGUGGAUGCAGAUUCACGCCCUUUGUGCAGGACUCUACUGUCCUUUGAGGUCUUUGUUGCUUGCGAGUCUGUCCAAAUCGUGCGUUAUGAGAGAUGCCAUUGCACUGGUCGCAACCUUCGUGACCCGAUGUACAUAUUCCCGGUCUUCACCUGCUGCACUGCUUUUGUUCAAUGUGAAAAAUGUGAAGCCAGCUCAAAACAAGCUGUUUUAAGUGUGCAUGUUCCGGAUUUUCCUGUGUUUGUCUGUAACCCUUCAGGAUGUUGGUAAGUUCAAAACUGUACUGGACUGUACUGGUGUUACCAGCAGAAGAUUUUGUUGGCCAGGCUGAACCCAAAGUAACAGAUUUUGAAGUAUAUAAGGCAUUUCAUCCAAAGAUUAUGACAUUAGAAUUUCAACCAAAUACUCCAUUUAUUGGCACACAUGAGAUAUGAAUAUUGGAUAAUAUUGGUGCACAUCUUACACAUGCUGGUAGUGCUGUCCAAGAGUCCUGUUUUGAUUAGAGAUGUGUUGUAUAAUUUCUAUUUCAUGUACGGCAAUGGAAUAACUUGGUUAUGAACAUCCUCAUGUAACAUGAAAGGUUGGAUUAUUACUAAAUUUACCCAUUGAAAUACAUAGUUUAUUGAUAUGUAGCUGACUAUGGAAUAACAAUAUCAUGAUGCAAAUAAUUUAAAACUGUGAAGAUACAUUUAUUUUAAAGAAACUUAGCAUAGUUACUUUAUUUUCUUACAAAGUACAUUUAUUGUGAAAUCCCUGUCUGCUAUUUUGUGUAACAGAGAUAAUAAGUCAUAAUGUAACUGUAUCUAUGUCCUCGCAUUUGCAAAAUGCCAUUGCUUUGAUAAGCUAACACAAAAACUGACACGGAUAAAUCAUCUUCAUGUAAUUUUAAAAGAUCGGACCUGCUUAUUUGCAAUGUCUUUAGUAAACCCCACCAUUUGUGUUCGCAAAACUGGAUUUGUAAAAGCAAUACUUGGCACAAAUAUGUCCAUGCAAGGUUAGUUUUCUCGUCUGGCCUAUUACUUGUGCUUAGCAUGGAUGCUUCUCCAUGUAGCCAAAUGUAAAGCAGAGGCCAAUGUCAUGAAGUGUUUGUAAAAGCUGUACACCUCCUCACAUAAAAAAAAGAGACUUGCUCUGUAUUUCUUGGCUUCAGCUUUUUCUGCUUCAAGGCUGUUCAACAUGCUUUAACUUUCCACUAAUGCACACCUUUUGACAUGUCUAUUCGACAAAAACCUGCAUGCUUUGGCUGGAUCAGAGUCUAACGGAAUUUGUUUGCUAUUAUUAUUUCACCUGAUUGAAACAUUGUACAUUGUACAAAAGAUAUAUAGAGAAAUAUCUAUAGAACAUGGUGUAAAUAUAAGGGAUGUGGUUGAGUUUAACAAUCGAAAAAACAAGAACGACACACUUGUGCUACAGUACAUUUUGUUCAAUGACAUGCAUUUGUGUACAGUCAAUAGAAAUGACCACGAUUGACCACUGUGUUGGGUCGUCAUUAAAUUUCUGUGAUAAAC